CUGCAUCUGAUUGUCAUGUUGUUUUGUGAAAUGAGUCCGACAGCCAAAACGUAAAACAAAAUAAAGAAGAAGAAGCAUUAUUUUAAAGAAAAUGUCUCACACUCACUGCUGUAAUCACGGAUCUAAAAAUAGUGAAAAUCCCAAUGAAAUAGGGAUUAAUUACAGUUUAUACACUAAGAUUGAUUUAGACAACGUAGAGUGUCUGAAUGAAUCUAUCGAAAAUUCAGGAAAAUUCAUAUUUCGGUCAUAUGAGGAACGAUUUGAUGUUGACAAAUAUGUGGAAAGCGAUGCAGAUCCAGAACUUCUCUUUAAUAUACCAUUUUCUGGUAAUGUGAAACUUAAAAGCAUAAUCGUGAUGGGAGCAGACAAUAAUAGUCAUCCAAAUAAAUUGAGAUUGUACAAGAACAGACCCAAAAUGACCUUUGAUGAUGUUAAUCUUCAACCCGACCAAGAGUUUCAAUUAACCAUCGAUUCUAAUGGCACUGUUGAAUACAAUACAAAACCAGUAGUGUUCUCAUCCGUACAUCACCUUUCUAUGCACUUUCCUGGAAAUUUCGGGGAAGACUUAACAAAGAUCUAUUAUAUUGGACUUCGGGGAGAGUUUUCUGAAGCUCAUCAUCAUGGUGUAACAAUCUGCAACUACGAAGUUCGACCAAACAUUUCAGAUCACAAAGGUAAAUUGUUUGACAAUGUAAAUCAAGAAAUACAGUAAAAAAUGUAGAUAUUUAUCUAACACGUAAUUUAUUUUUGAGAAAAGUAAUGCUUAAGAUCAUACAAAAAUCGUACAGAGAGAACAAGAAUUUUAGAAAAUCGUGAGAUAUAAUGGAUAUUAUAUGGUUAUUCUUCUUUUGUUCUUACUAAUCUUUAUUUACUUUUACUUUGUCAUCAUUGACUUUUACUGUAUCAUUCGGACUUUUUUUUUCAAUUUAUCUCAUCAAAAUUACGUAGUUUUAAAUGGUAAUGUGCAUUCAAUUACAAAAUAAAUGUUGCUUCGUGUUUAGUUCAAAUUCUAAACAUAGUCGCACUUAAAAAAAUGAUUGCCAGUAGCAUAUAUAUUAUACUAUUCUUAAUUUCAUACACAAUUAAUGAGUAAAAUCUGUUGAUAUAUAUAUAUAUAUAUAUACUAAAAUAUUUUUUUUGUACCGAAAUAAACAAAUUUGGAUGUUAUGCUUGCCUUACUUACAAAAACGCAAAAGAAAAAAAUUUAUGAGUUUUUUUAACGAGCUAAACGAAAUUCUUUACUGUAAGUUACAUAAAUAAAAUUGAUAUUGUAUAUAUCCAACUUACAUAGCAAAGACUGUAUAUUUUUAUAUAUAAUUGUUAUUAUCUCAUAUUAACCAUGCAUACAAAAUAGUUUAAAAUUUUAUUGGAAUACAUCUUUAAGACGGAAUCCUUAGUAAAAUAAAAAAUUAAUCACAUCUUUGUUGUUGCAAUCCACUAUAUAUUUUCUAAUUUUGGUAUUCGCUCGUAAUUAUAUUAUACAACAAAUUUAAAUCUAUUUGCAAAACAUAUUAAAAAGGUUUUAAAGGAAAAUCUGUCGGACAGAGAUAAUCACUAGGAAUUAUACGUUAUUAUCUGCAUUAGGAAAUGCCUAAAAAAUUAGUGUUUGAUUUCGUUGUUGUUUAUUUCGGAGAUUUUACCUGAAAUCGUACAGGAAGUGCCCUGGGUGUAAUAUCUUCAUCGAAAAGAAUAUCAUCUUCAAUCAAACUCGGUUCCUCGUUCUCCCUCUUCCCCUCGAUACUUUCUUCAACAGUCAUAUUGUUUUUCACAGUCUGAACUUCCUGUGAAAAAGUUGGGGAAGGUGAUUCUGUUGUAGUAAAACUUCCUUGUACCAAUUCCGAAUAUAAAAUGCUAUCUAUAUAGAACAUUGUUCCCAGAUUGUACACAAAGUGCUCCUUCUCAAUAAUAUUAGCAUUGUUUACAGUCACAUUUCCUGAUACAGAUCUUUCUAUACGAAUCGCUCCUUCACCCACAGUUUCAAAUACUUCAUUAUGGCGUAAGUCUCGAUCAUAGAGACGACCACGUACAAAGUGAUUUAGCAGCAUACGUAUUCCUUCUUCUGAUGUGAGAACAUUAUCUGGCAAAACGGUAUAACCAAGCUUCUCAAAAGCACAAUCCAUUGGCACAAAAAACGUAUAGUUGGAGCCAGAAACAAAAGGAGCAAUUUCAGCUAUGUUGAGGAUUCUGGAAAGGUAAAUUAUAUUUUUUAUGUAUACGUUGUGAUAUAUGUUUAAUCAAUUUUAAUUUUUUCAAAUUAAUAAUUUACUGUUACU